AGUCAUUUGAUGUCUUCUGUAAUUCGUGUUAGAGAUAUUAACUAGUUUGUAAUAUGCACGGUGUCAAUUUCUCGAUGCAUAUAAGAAAAAAGGGUGUAUAACUCAUUGUUAUGGUGUCACCUUGAUGUGGUGGAAGUCAUCGGUUCGAAUAUGAUUCUCCCUUAAACCCAAUGUGAGUUUUCUAGUUUGACUUCCUCCCAUCCUCCUAUGCCCUCUUACGGUCAAUUAUUGGUAAAGAGGUUUCGUGUUCGCAUUAUGAUCAAUGCAGUCAAAAACGUAAUUUUACCUAGAAGCGAAAAAGGAGUAAAAUCGUAAAACGUAGAGUCAAAGCGUAAAAGCGUAAGUUUUUUACGCAUAAUGUAAAAUAACUAAAAAUCGGUUAAGUACGACAUAUAGUAUAUAAAAUAUGAGCACAGAAUUUAGAUAAGUUAUUAAAUACAUGCAAUUCUUAUAUAAAGUAGAGCAACUCAUAGCAUCUUAACAAUGUCAUCUUCCCCUCUAUGCUAAUGAAUUUGGGAAGGGCCUAGCUGGUGAAUUAGAUUACUCUAUUGAAGCUGAGAAUGCAUCCAAGCAUAUGUUAAUCUAAAAUGUAUCAUACUGUUAAUGAUUUACUUAUCAAAUAUACUUUUUAUAAUUAAUUUCAUGAAAAGAAUACCCAUUUAGUGAACUAAAAGCGUAAAAUCUUAAAGCGUUUUAACUUGAAGCGUAAAAGCGUAAGCUUUUAAGCUGUAAAACGUAAUUUAGUCCGAUUUUAUGGACUAGCAAUUUUAUAUGGAAACGAAAGCGUUUUGGUGACCUGCUAGAAGCGUAAAACCGUAACCUUUUAAGUUUUAAAACGCGACUUUAACUGCAUUGAUUAUGAUAACAAUUAAUUUUAGCAUAACGUAUAUGUGUGUAAAUAUAAUAGGGUAGAACAACCUCAAACCUCACAAGUUCACUUUAUGUUUAGGAGGAUGAGUACAAAUUAAAGAUUAUAAGAACCAAUUCUUCGAUCUCUUAAGCAACUCAACGUUCUUCACGCGUAGUUAAUUCAAAUACCCGAAGAAAGAUCAUGCAGUACGGUUGACUGUUGAUGCAUCUAUGCAAGCAGAAGCCAGCUAGCUAGCUACAUAAGCCUACAACAUGUUCAUUCAUAAAAAAUUUGUCAUCAAACACAACAAAGUUAUGAUAAAAUGAACAUAUAGAAGAAUGUCACGUGGAUAAUAUUCAUCUUAAAUUUAAACCAAACCACGACUACUCGAGUACUGAUAGGUAUAUGUAGAGCCAUGAUGAAGACAUUGUGGUAACUGAUAACCCUCUGUGAAAACACCAACAUGGUGAUUCUCUGCCAAAUUCGAUAUCAUCAUCUAGCGAUUAUAGUAGAGUGAAAAAAUGAUGUCUCCCAGUGGGAACCCUAUUGAAUGGACCACAAGGAGUAAUUAUAGUUAUGAGAGUCUGGUGGUUGCAUUAUUUAUUUUGUUAUGUAUUCUGGUUGGGACGACGGGAGAGCAUAAAGAGUAAGGGCUUAAUGUUGCCAUAUAAGGAAGACCGCAUCCUUACUUCCUUCCUACAAAAAGUCGAAUAUGUGAGAAAUUAAUUACAAGAAGAACUCCUUUUUUGCUUUUGCAAAAGCUGAUAGCAAAGGAAAAGAUACGGUACUAGAGCAUAUAUAUAAAAUAUAAUAGCACUACAGCAACGUACUGGGAGGUUUUAUUAUUUUAAAUCACUGUUCAUCCACAUGCUGCUAUAAGCUAACCACUAAUUUCACAUUAUUAUUGUCUACAGAAAGCAAGAGCAGUACUCUUUUCUCCAGUAGGUGCUGCCAAAAAAAAGUCAUCCCUCUUUAGAUUCUUUUUCACCCAACCUUAGGGUUUCCUGUCUAAACUAUGUAUGUCUAUUUUGUCCUUGGUGUUUCUCAUAGUUUUCUGUGCAAUUAUAAGUGAUCAUAUAUAUAUAUAUAUUUGGGGCGGACCCACGCAUGUUUGACACCCCGAAAUUUUGGAAAACGAUUAUUUAACUUCGGUGGUAGAUUACGUAUGAACAAAAAAUUUUUGUAAUUGAUAGUCAAGGACACUGCUGAAAUUUGAAAAAAAUGAUUAUCCUAGCUACUCUCAUCUUCUAGUUUGGGUAUGAGAAUAUAAGUGGUAGUUUGGGUAAUUCAAAUCUAGGACACUAAGAUUAUUAAUAAACAUAAUUUCCAUUAAUCUACAAGCUACAACUCAUUUGUUGUUCGAUUUUAAACACUGUGUAAUAGUAAGAUGUCAUUCACUAUCUCUAAUUAUUUUAUAUACCUAACAAUUAAACAAAUUUCAAGCUAUCUUAAUUUGUAUUGAUUUUAUGAUUGUACGAUAAGUGUUGAAAGAGUCUUUUCAGCUUUGGAUUACAUAAAAAAAACAAGUUUAGAGAUCGAAUAUGUGAUUAGUUUGUGAAUUUUUGUCUAGUAGGAUACACAAAUACAAUUUUUUUGAGCAGUGUAGGCACCAAGUGUAUUCUCCAAUUAUUUUCAAAAUGAAAACAUAGUGGAAUUUUUUUAAGUUGUACGAGUCAAGUAUUUUUCUUAUUUAAGAAUUAUUUAAUUUUUAUUAAUUAUUUAAAAUUUAUUUUAUUUAAUUUAUUUUUUAAAAAGGAACACCCUAUGUAAAAUUACUGGGUCCGCCACUAUAUAUAUAUAUAUAUAUAGUUUCAUUCCAUCCUUGAAUGUGGUCCUGAAAUCCUGGUCUUUUUUUUUAACAAUAUGAAAUCCUGGUCGUUGAAAGAUGGUUGGAAUACAAUGAACAACCCUUUUCUUGUAAACAAAGAGUCAUUGUUACCAAGUUACAUAUUUUGGAUGAAACGUCUUUUUCAAUCAAUCAUCAAUCAAACUCUCUCGUUAGGACUUUCUUUAAACAUGUAUGAAUCGUGUCUUAGUUAUCGUUGUCUAAAAAAUUAAGAUGUGUAUUAAUCUCAAUUCACCACAAAUUUUUAAAAAAAAAAAAACAAAGUGAGUGCUCUAAGUCUCUAACUCAUCCCGUACUCCUUUUUCCUCCGGUGGCCAGUAGUAUGUAUCUAAUUGGUCAACAGAUGUCUGUACACGUCACGUGACAAUUCCUCCCAAUUGACGUUCCUCUCAUUUUCUCCUAGCCGUGCAUAUCUUUUUCUUCUUCUCAUUUCGGAUACCAUCUCCUAACCAUUAAUUGUAGCAGUUGAAUUACGUAUUAGGAAUAAGUUGGUCGGAAGUUGGUAUAUAUAGUUGAUGUGAUUUGAGUCGGAUCGUCAGUCGCUACGAUUGAAAGUUACGGGGUCUCUUCUGCCCGUUGACUAGCUAACACACAUUGUGUUAGUGAACAAAGUAAAUCGCGUGUCGUGUGCUUCCCGUUCUUUCAUAUUCUUGCUUUGUAGAUUCCGCGAUUUUCUGAUUCGUCGUAGCGUAGUUAUAACAUAUAUAUAGUGAUAUUGUUAUCGACUUAUCGUGGUAUUAUAACCAUUAAUUUUUCACUAUUAAAUUGAAGGUUUCAUUUGUUGUUUUCUUUAGUUUAUAACCAUUAAUGUUUCACUAUUAAAUUGAAGGUUUCAUUUGUUGUUUUCUUUUGUUUAAGAUAUAUCUGGAUUAAUAUGUUAGCGAGACUAAACACAUGCAUUAAAAGAAUCGUCGUCGGCAACUCAGCAUGCAUAUACGUAGAGAGAGAUGCAUGUCAGUAUCAGAGUAUGAUAGAUAUGUUCAGGAACUGUUAAAUGAAAUCAAGGUGCAUGGGUGUUUUUACGAUUAGGUAAGACGGCCUACAUAUCAUAUGCCUAAUGCCAUUGAAAAUAUAUAUUACGCUGUGUAGGCUAGUAAUUAAGAGGAAACAAAAGAAAAUGUUUGUUGGACGUCGCGGCCCGUUCAUAUUAAGCUAGCUAGCUAAUUAUGUUAUUAGUUGAGGAGGUUAGAUUGGUUAGUUAGUUAGUUAGUUAUAUUGGUCCGGUCGUUAGUUAGGUUGUUAAUUCGGCAGGCCCAGAGAUUGGUGGUUACUAUAUAUAUAGUUAGUGGUUGGAGACAUCUAGCUUUUAGUGGCAAGCUUGUAUAUAAGCAAAACAAGAACUCGAUCGAGUUCCUAGCUAGCUAGUAACAGAAAUCAUGUCUUUUUUCACGCUCGUGCUAGUACGUCGAGUUUUUUAAGUACUGAAAUAAAAAUUACAAGGCAUACAUGAACUAUACAUGUUAGUAUUUUUUUUUUAUGCAGAAGUAAUAUUGUAUACAAAGUGGUAUGGCACCUUCAAAAUGAACGCAGUAAGCCGAACUAACACAUGUUUAAUAUAGCAUUUGUGGCAUUUGUUUAAUAUAAAUUCAUUAAAAAGAUAAUAAUGAAAAUGGAAUUUUAAACCAGCUGAGAUGGCCAUUAUCAUAUCCAAGUUCAAUAUUUUGGUCGCGACUCAUGGAAAAUAGUGACACUAACUACAUCAUUAAUUAAUUUAAUUGGUUCAUCAAAGAAUAAGAUGAGCCAUGAAAGCAAAACUAGGCUAGCUAGGCCGGUUCCUCCUCGGCUGCUGCUAGAAUCGAAUAACAAUAGUUUUCCCCUUUACCUUGGAUGAAUAUUAAUGAUGAUGAUGAUUGCAUUUGCAUAUAUGUAAUUAACAACAAAUUAAAAGUACACAAAUCACAUUCUCUUUAAAACUCUUCCCUUUUCUCAUGAUGAUUAUGUCUCUUGAGAAGUGUGGAAGCUUCAACCUCAAGUUGUAGCCUAAUUAAGCAACUAUCAUUAGCUGCCCCCAACCCCUAUCACUAACACUAUACGUACGUACUAUUGAAAUAUAUAUAUAUAUAUAUAAUUUAAUAUAGGAAUUAGAAAAUGAUAUAUGUAGAAGAUCUCUAUUAUCUAUUGUUACUUGAUUCUGAUUUAGCUAGAUGCCCCAAAAAUAUGGUGUAUGGAAGUUCGAUAAGGUUAAACUUCUAACGAAAAAUUCACAAAAUUGUUUGUUACACAAAUAUACGUGCAAUUUAAAAUUAUUCGGUAUUUACAUAAACUCAGCUCCAGUAAAAGUCGACCUUUGAUCUAUCUAUCAAGGCCGCCUAACGGAGUCUGUGUUCUUGCUCAACAAGCAAACAUGUUGAUACAAGACACUAACGAUAAACAUGCCCUGUUGAUCAAUAUCUUGCACUUACUUAAUUAUUUUCAGAGUAUUAUAUUCCUUUGUGUUCCUCGUGGUCCAUAUAAAAUUUGGUUGUUCCUUGUACGGGCAGCUCUAACAACAAGGAUUAAUGAAUUCUCGACUAUAUUAUAUUCUAUUUCUUCAUUUUUUUUUCUUUGUCUAAUUUUUCAUAUAUUCCUUUCACAUACCUGGAGUUUGAUUGGGCCACCAGCAGUCCCCUGCUUAUAGAAAAUUAACAUUGUUUUCCUUGUAAGAGAGUGAAAGAGUCCUCCGAGGUGAAAACCAAUACUUUGUUUGAAAAGGGUGCAAAUGAGAGGGGUAAAAAUAAGUUUCGAGAAGCUUAUUUUGUAAUGAUAAGAGAUUGCAAAUCGUGGUUGUAAAUUUACUAUUUUGGCUUAUUCUCUGUAUUAGGAUACAAAUGGAAGGAAGAGGAGGAGAGGAGGGGGGCUCACAGUUCUGAAUUCUGAUGGGGAAUAUUGAGAUAGUGGACUUGCUUUUAUUGGGUUCUUGUUGUGGGCCAAACAAAAGCCCAAUUAUAAAUGCCCGUCACUUGUUUUUCAGCCCUUUUUCUUUCUUUAUGUCCAUUUAUUUUUCUCUUAUUGGCGUCACCUUUUUUCCUAAUUCAAACUUCAUCAUAAGGUUUGAUUGGCAACAAUAUUGCAUAUAAUAGACCAGGUGAGGGAGGUGACAAGUGACGCUAGAAUGGAAUAGCCAUAGAAAAUAUAUGAAGUUGUUAUCCGUUGUACAAUAACACCUAACUAGGAUAGGCCCCGCACGUUGGCAGGAGAGUAUGAUUCAUUUGGUUCGAAGAGUUUGAAAUUGAGAUGUACUCAAUUUGCAGGUAUUAGUGUGAUAAGCAAGUAGCUCAUUUUUAUCUAUAUAAUGUAAAGGCUCAGUUUACUGUCUUCUUCCGAGAGUUGCCAAUGAAUAAUUUAGAGAAGUAGGGUCAUAAAAUUAAAUACCAAACAAUGCAUAAAAAACAUGUCAAAUAUAAUAAUUAUACCUAAUAUAUACAUUAUAUUCAUUAUCUAAUUCAACUACAUAUUUGUGAGAAAAAUAUUAUCGCUAUAAAAAGUUGGUAAAGAACAACAAAAGAGUUGUUUUCCAUGAGAUAUUCGCAAUAAAAAAAAAGUUUUUCUUUUGAUUAAGUUUAGAGUAUCCAUGAAAUAAUUUUGUCAAUAGUCAUCUUUGUUAUUAUCAGUGCACAGAAUAUAACGGAAUUACAUGCAUAAGCUGAAUGAGGUAGAACAAUUUGCAAAUUGGUUGCCAAUAGUUAGUCGAACAAUGUACUCAAACUACUAUCAUAUCUUAAAUAUGUCAAGCAAACAUGUAGCAUUUUCGUUAAGCGAAGUCGUGUAGUCUUAGGAGUUAGGAUUUUAAACCAAUAAUAUUGGUGGAUUGACGGAUAGAUAAUUGAGACUAUUCAACAAAUUAAAUCAUCAUCUAUUGACCAUCACAACCAAUUGGAAAGCAAAUUGUUAGCAUUUAUACCAAGGAGAUCCAGAAAUUUUGGUUCGACAACUGAAGCUAAUGGAGUUUCAUCAAUAUAUAGUAAGCAAAAUGUUGCCACUUAGCUUUUAAAAGAGUAAUUCAAAUGUGUUUUCAUUCAAUAGCGAUCACUCAGAUUAGUCACUUACUUUUCCAACAAAAAUAUUAGUCACUUACAAAUCAACACAGAGUAAAUCCCACUUCAUUCAAGUUUUGUGGCGGUAAUGACAUGUGUGAAUUUUUUUAAGAUAGAUUACCCAAAUUCAUUACUACAUACAUCGCAACCAUAAAUCAAAUUCGUAGUUCGCAAAAUACCCAAAUAAACUACCGUUUGAGUUUACUACCAAAAAACCUAGGAUCUAGAAAAGUAGCACAUAGUUUUUACUCAUUAGGGUUUAGAUGACAGUACAAUGCUCCGAAAUUUAUUAUUCAAGAUUUAGAUGGUGUUUUUGCACCCACUUCAUAUUGAACAGUCAUUUUGAUUAGGCAAUUCAAAAUCUUAAUCCUAAUACAACGAACAAAGAAUGAAUGAAUUUUUUAAAAAUUAUUUGGGCUAAAAUUAUUUAGUAGCCAAACCUUUCGAAUUUGGCAAAAUAAAAGUUAGAAUUUUUGAAAUAUAAUAGAAUAACCAAAUCGUUAACUUUUCAUCCGACAUCUCGUUAGUUGACGAUGAUGUGACAACAUAAUUGAUGAGUUUGGUAAAUUUUAGUGAGGUGACAAAACCGUGAAUGAUUUCAAUCUAUAGAUUUCUUUCAAAUGUGCUUGUAUGAUAAGUGGUCCAAGUAUCAAAUUAAGGCCAAGCCCAUAUUACACUCUACCGGAACCCAAAUAGAAGAGGAAUCAAACUGAAACACCGGAAGAAGGAUUGCAAUUGCAUGGUAGAAAAAUGAUUGGUCCAAAAUGACGAGAGUCCUUCCUUGGAUUGCGCAGAGAGCUAGCUUUUCUCAAUCGUGCAUGUUCUCACGGGGAACAUCUAUAUAGUAUUGGAAGGAUUUGUUCUGAUUUUUAAAAUUGUAAGGUACUUACUAUACAUUAAUAUUCGAGCUAAUUUGAUGCUCAAAACAUAAACGAUUUAGCUAAAGUUAGACUUCGCCUUUUAUUUUCAUUGGUCCUUUUGGAAUAUAGCUUUUUUGUGUUGCAUUACGACUAAUCUUGUUCAAUUAGGUGUUAAGUUGCCCUCGGCCUCAACCAUGGACGGAUCAAGUCCUUGUAUCAUUAAACUUCGUUGAGAGUUUUUAUCGACUUUUGUAUAUUGCGUUUUGUUUUCUGCUUCGAUAUGGAGUGUUGUUAUUCACUUCUUAUUUUUCGCUUUCGUUUUGUGGAAUUGUUGAUUCCAAAUUUUUGUAUGAGUUCUCUUUCCUAUUGCUUUCAUCAAUAUUACGCACUAAAGAAAUUGUCUUAACACACACUUUACACUCAUUAAGUCGUAAUGCAAGAGGAUUGCAAUAUCUUUUGGAAAAGAUUUGGUGGGCGAGGGAAUGAAUGUAUUUGCUCAACCCAAAGGUACCUGCUAGGAUUGGCUGAUUCGGUAUUUAAAAAGAAAAAUUGAAAUAGAGACUACACUUGCCUAAUGACUUUUUAGGUAUUUCUUUAUCGUAAUUAUGUUCCAAGUUUGACAAUUGGAUGUAUAGGAAACGGCGUGUUUCACGUGGCAUAUAACCAUAGUGUAUGUGAUGAUGUAGGGCGCCUUCAGAGGCAGACUAAAGGAGAAAACGAGGCUUAACUACUACCACUACACUCUUAGCAUACCGACAAGAACAUCUAUCUAAGAAUAUACAUCAACAAUCGUUAACGUCGUACAAAGUAGAGAACAAAAUAACGUAUUAUCAGGUCAUUUACUAUUAAUCGUUAACGUCGUACGAAAGCAUUGCAAUGAUAUGGAUGACUUGAAAGAGCUAUUGCUUAAGUGUUGAUAUGACAGUGGGACUCAUAUAUGAAAUUGCUAAUUAAUUGCAAUAAUGGAGAUGCUAUGAGGAAUGACCUAUGAUCAAGGAUUGAAAUACUGUAUCGGAGGUUGUACCGGAAAAGUCAACCGUAGGAUAUUUUAUGUUAAAAUUGUGGUUUAACCGUGGUUCAAUCGCUUCAUACUGUUUAAUACAUCCUACCGAUUUCGCUUCCACUAGCAGGUUUUUCUGGUCGAACCGCCGGUACGAUACUGUAUUUAUGAUUAAGUGGUAUCUUGUGAAGCCCAUAAUCCUUCUUUGACAGCUGGGCCAGAUUUAUCAAGCCCAACAGGACAGCCCACGGAUCCGGCCAACAAAUGAGGCAUACCUUCCCGCCGAAUUAACGAACGCGUUUACACUUGUCAUUUACUGAGUGGUCCACGUAUUUUGGUUCGAAGCCACUUAUUUAACUAUUUCCUUCACUUUCCCCCUCCUGAUUUCCCUCCAUUUCCUCGCCUUCUCGACUCCGCCGGCGACUCUGGCGCGCUUAGCUCUGCGCUUCCGCACGACGCCGGCGCAAUUUAACAGCCACUUUCCGUUCAACCGACUCUUCCGUGCGUUAUUCACAAUGGCUUCUUCCUUGGCACCCCCUCCGGGCCAAUCCGCUGCCGUGCAACCGGGUCGGAUCCGGGUCCUCAAAGAAGGAUCGGCGAAGCAAAUGGGUCCUGUUGUGUACUGGAUGUUCCGGGAUCAACGCCAUAGGGACAACUGGGCUUUGAUACACGCUGUUGAUCAGGCGAACAAGCGGAAUGUCCCCGUGGCGGUUGCUUUUAAUCUGUUUGAUCAGUUUUUGGGGGCAAAGGCUAGACAAUUAGGGUUUAUGCUGAAGGGUUUGCGGCAGGUUCAAGUGGAUAUUGAAGAGAAGCUUCAAAUCCCGUUCUUUUUAUUCCGGGGAGAAGCUGAAGAAAAUGUGCCAAAGUUCUUAGAGGAGUGUGGUGCAUCACUUUUAGUAACUGAUUUCUCACCUUUAAGGGAAAUUCGUAAGUGUAAAGAAGAGAUCCUGAAGAGAGUGGGCGAUUCGGUGACAAUUCACGAAGUUGAUGCGCACAAUUUGGUGCCACUAUGGGUAGCGUCGGAGAAGUUGGAGUACAGUGCUAGGACCAUACGGACCAAGAUAACGAAAAGGUUAUCAGAGUAUCUCAUUGAUUUCCCUGUGUUACUUCCACCAAAAGCUAAGUGGGUUUCUGCCAAAGAUCAAACUGUUGUGGAUUGGGAUAAUAUCAUCCUUGAGGUUUUGAGGAAAGGAGCCGAAGUCCCAGAAAUUGAAUGGUGCAUACCAGGAGAAGAUGCUGCAAUGGAAGUAUUGAUGGGGUCUAAAGAUGGUUUCUUGACCAAAAGGUUAAAGUUGUAUUCUAGUGAUCGGAAUAACCCGUUAAAACCUAAAGGACUCUCUGGGUUAUCUCCAUAUCUUCAUUUUGGACAAAUAUCUGCUCAGAGGUGCGCCAUAGAGGCACAUAAAGUGAAGCUGCGGAGCCCCCAGUCAGUCGAUGCAUUUUUGGAGGAGCUUAUCGUGCGCAGAGAACUUGCUGAUAACUAUUGCUACUACCAGCCGCACUAUGAUUCACUGGCAGGGGCAUGGGAAUGGGCAAGGAAGACCUUGCAGGAUCAUGCUGCUGACAAGAGGGAGCAUGUCUACUCGUUGGAACAGCUAGAGAAGGCAAAAACAAGUGAUCCUCUUUGGAAUGCUUCUCAACUGGAGAUGGUCGUCUAUGGAAAGAUGCAUGGAUUCAUGAGAAUGUAUUGGGCCAAAAAGAUACUGGAAUGGACAAAAGGACCAGAAGAAGCCCUGGCAGUUGCAAUACAUUUAAAUAACAAGUAUGAGAUAGAUGGAAGGGAUCCGAAUGGAUACGUUGGUUGCAUGUGGUCAAUAUGCGGUGUUCAUGAUCAGGGUUGGCGGGAGAGACCUGUUUUCGGAAAAAUACGGUACAUGAACUAUGCUGGUUGCAAAAGGAAAUUUGACGUCGAUGGUUACGUUUCUUACGUGAAGAGGCUGGUUUGUGAAGUGAAGAAGAGGAAAGCAGAGUCCGAACUUUCCAGAAAUGCUAAGGAACUGUGUCGUUAGCCUUUGGCUUCUUCCUUAGUUGGCACCUGCCAGACUCUCCUCCUGGUUUCUGCUUUGUUGUAGUCUAACAUCCCCCUGUAAUUGUGUGGUUACACACCUGAAUUCAUGUUAAUCAACAUAUUCUCUACUCGCAUUGUUUAAUUGGUACCUGAUUAUGCAUACAGCUUGCGCGGAUUAGCGACGUAAGACUGCAAUGGCUGUUCAUUUCUAGCUCUUGUGAUUCAUAAGACCAUCUAGUGUAUCAAUAGGCAAACAUAGUUACACAUAACGACUGAAACUAACUUUAUCGAAUACACAAAGUUAGGUGGA